GGGGCUCCGGGGGGUGCCAUGAGGCCGUUUGGGGGCGCGGGGGGCCCCGGCGUUGCCCCCCUGGAGCAGCCGUCGCUGCUGGCGGAGCUGCGGCCGGGCCGCGCCCAGCGCUACGACUGGAAAUCGAGCUGCGAGACCUGGAGCGUCGCCUUCUCCCCCGAUGGAGCCUGGUUCGCCUGGUCCCAGGGGCACUGCGUGGUCAAACUCAUCCCCUGGCCCCUGCCCGAGCCCCUCCUCAGCUGCAAAACCUCAGAGCGCAAAAGCCGGAGCAGCAAAGCGGAGGCAAGGAGCCGAGGGGUGGCCAAGGAGAAGACACUGGAGUGUGGCCAGAUCGUGUGGGGCCUGGCCUUCAGUGCCUGGCCGGUGGCAGAGGCCGGGGAGACAGACUCCACCUGCACGUUGGGUCUUCCCUGCAUGAUCUUGGCCACCGGGCUCAACGACGGGCAGAUCAAGGUGUGGGAGGUGCAGACAGGACACCUCCUCUUCAGCCUCUUGGGACACCAGGAUGUUGUCAGAGACCUGAGCUUUGCUCCCAAUGGAAGUCUUAUCCUCGUGUCAGCCUCACGAGACAAGACCUUGCGUGUCUGGGACCUGAGCAGAGAUGGGCGGCAGGUCCAGGUGCUGUCAGGCCACAUGCAGUGGGUCUACUGCUGCUCCAUCUCCCCAGACUGCAGCAUGCUCUGCUCUGUGGCUGGAGAGAAGUCGGCGCUGCUGUGGAGCAUGCGGUCUUACACGCUCAUCCGGAAGCUGGAGGGGCACCAGAGUAGUGUGGUGUCGUGUGACUUCUCUCCGGACUCAGCGCUCCUUGUCACCGCCUCCUACGAUGCCUGUGUGAUCAUGUGGGACCCCUACACCGGGGAGCAGCUGAGGACGCUGCGCCACGUCCCCCUGCACUCGGCGCUGGACUACAGCAGUGAAGUCCACAUCAGCUCACUACGCUCUGUCUGCUUCUCCCCUGAGGGCCUCUACCUGGCCACGGUGGCAGAUGACAGGCUCCUGAGGAUCUGGGCGUUAGAACUGCGGUCUCCGGUUGCGUUUGCUCCCAUGACCAACGGCCUGUGCUGCAUGUACUUUCCACACGGUGGUUUCAUUGCCACAGGGACCAGGGAUGGCCACGUCCAAUUCUGGACCACUCCAAGGGUCCUCUCGUCGCUAAAGCACUUGUGUCGCAAAGCUCUGCGCACCUUCCUGACGACGUAUCAGGUCCUCGCACUCCCCAUUCCCAGGAAGCUGAAGGAAUUCCUCACUUACCGGACUUUUUAAGGCAGUGCGGAAAGUGGAGGGACGAAGGUGAGAGCCCUCUGCCCAGGGACGGGGCUCAGCCUGGGUCAGAGGAGGCACUGCAGCGUCUUGCCAACCUGUGAGCUGUGGCGCAGGAGCAUUGUUGUUCACCCUGUUUUGGGGCUGUGUCUGUGAAUGUGGAGGGAUUUUUUUGGUGUAAUAAUACUAGAACCCAGCAAAAGUGCUUGCAGAGGGAAAGGGGCACAGCUGCAGUGGCCCCAUAGGGACACGGGUCCCUCUGUCCCUCUGCUGCCUGCAAGUUCUGGGGUAGGUGCUUUUGCUUCCAAGUGCAAUGUUGUGGGGUGAAGGUAGCAUCCGCAGUCUGAGCGGAGCUUUUGUUGUUCGUAUAAAUACGGGGCUACAAUCACCCCUGACAAAACCCUCACGGGGACCGGCUCAUACUGUAGCUUAGCUCCCAGAGGAGCGCGGGCUCUGCCGCUCUCCCGGUCUGGGCAUGAGCUGCACAGACCCAAGCAGGUCUCUGCGGACUAAACAGCAAGGACAGAAUAAAAAACCAUUC